CAAUCUAUAUACAAGGUGAUUACUCAACGUGCAAGCUUCCUACAUUAACUGAACCACAACCACACCUCAACAUGAAUCUUGUGAAAGUACAGCAAAGAGAAAGUGAGGAGCAUGUUAGAGCUACAUGCGCAGACAUACAUACAAUCAAAUUGCCAGCAUAGUAUGUAUAACUAACUUGCCAGUCGACUAUCGAGCCAGCAUGAAAAACUUUCUUUAACCCACUUUCUUAUUAGUAGUUUGCAAUCAUCUUUCGCCUCUCGACGUUUAACGUUUUAGUGUAGUUGCGUGUGUGGCGGUCGAAAGUGGUAUGUGCCCUACCAUCUGGUUCCCUGUGGUCCCGUAGUGGCGCGCGGUGGUGGUACCGACGCGGGGAGUGGUGACCGAAUGACUCAAGUGGGACAGUGUCUUUUUAACUUUUUUUCUCCCGCUUCGGCGCGAAGUGGAGGGUGUAAUGUGCGAUAUGCAGAAGAUGCCCACAAGAGAGAAGGAUGGCCCCUGUGAAGAAGACUCGGAGAUGAAUUUCACAGCAUUCUCAGCAGUGGGUGGUGCGGGCACACAUUUUAUUACAACUGGAGGCCAGCUUCCAGUGGCCAAACUACAACAGAACAUAACCAACAAUGGUGGCUCCAUAUCACAGGUUGUGGGUGUUGUCGGAGGUGUCAGUUUGCCAGACGGCAUGCAGUAUGUCCGCACACUGGACGGUGGAGCCACACUGCAGGCUCCGCAACUCAUAACCGUACCUAUAGCAUUGCCUGGUGCUAAACCUGGUGAUCCGCAGCCGACAGUACAAAUUCAAGUCUUAAGUCCGAAUAUAACGAUGCAAACCCAACAACAACCUAAAUAUCAGAUGCAAAUACCUAUACAGGGAUAUCAACAAGGCGGUGCUGUCAUUACCCUGGCGUAUUCACCAGAGAACAAUGAACCUAGCGGUAUACAGUUAGUGGGGAAUACUAUGCCUGAUGGUGUGCAAGUUAUCUCUGCCUUGCCGCAGGACAUUAAUAUGGACACAAAGGAGCACAUUCAACAGAAUAUACAGCAGGUAUUCGUGACGCAGAACAACGAGCUAGUUGUGGGGUCCGAGCAGCGCGCGCACAACAACAACACGCGCGGAGACAACAACAACGACUUUGAGGUCCAGAUCAAACAGGAAUGUAUCGACAAGGCCAAUGACGAUGAGAGCUCGCAAGGCGCGGAGGGCAACGAGGGCGUGUCGUGGCGCGUGCUGGACAAUACGGAGCUCGUCAAGUACCUCAACUCAUUACCGCCGCAGGAGGCGGAGUCGCUGCCGUCGUCGCUGCAGCAGUACCUGAAACUGAACAUGAAGCGCGACUGGCCGGAGGACGGCAGCGCCACCUCCGAAGACAAGUCUGUACUGGACACAGAUGGCGUGAUACGAGUGAAGAAGAAGAAGAAGUACAAGAAGAAGCCGCCGAAGCCGGCGCGGCCGAAGCCGGGGCAGGUGGUGAUCGCGAAGGCGGCGGACGGCACCGCGCUCUACUGCUGCCCCGAGUGCCAGAUGGCCUUCCCCGCCAAGGAGCAGCUCGAGAUGCACCUCGUCGGACACAAGAUCGAGAGACGGUUUAUAUGCGGGAUAUGCGGCGCCGGUCUGAAGCGCAAAGAGCACCUGGAGCGGCACAAGCUGGGCCACAACCCGGAGCGGCCGUACCAGUGCAAGGUGUGCAACAAGGGCUUCAAGCGGCGCGAGCACCUCAACCUGCACGCCGUCAUACACUCCGGCGUCAAGACUGAGCACUGCGCCGAGUGCGGCAAAGGUUUUUAUCGUAAAGACCACUUGCGCAAGCACGCGCGGUCGCACGAGAGCCGGCGCGCCCGCGACUGUCUUGCUGGCGAGAACAGGCAAGUGCUGCUGGCGCACGACCAGCUGGCGCAGCAGGUGCAGCACGACAUCACCAUACACGUGCCGACGAGCUCCAACUCCCAGAUGCCUAUCCAGAUCAGCAUACCGCAGCACGUGGUGUCCGCGCUGCCGCAGAGCGCGCCCAUCGACGCACACGGACACCUCGACGCACUGCUCGCAGACAACUCGUGACCCCUCUGUCUACCCCACUACGUCCAACCUCCACAGAUAACUUCCACUUGUUACACAUAUCUCGCUAUAUAACUCAAAAUUACAAUUGUUCCUGUCCCACUACUGGCUGAUAGGCUGUCAGAUAAGGGAACAAGAUCCGAUAUCUCUGUUGUUUUACACGUUGGAUUGUUAUCAGACGAUUUGGUGGGACAGGCCCUGUUUUACAUAACUUUAUCUGAACUAAAUGCAAUGAUAUCUCAUUGAGAUAUAUUAGUAAAGACUUGAAUUUUAUACAUGGCAAUAAUAUAGUAAUAGAAAAUAAGAUAUAUUGUAUUUUCUAAAUAACUUGGCCAUUCAAGGUCAUCGAAUCGCGCGCAGUUAACAUCCGACAAGAUAUAUGUAAAAAUGAUUAAAAACAGCCAAAAUAUAGAGACAGUCGAAUAAUAGUGAUCUUUGUCAGCAGUAGAAUUAAAUGUUUUUACAUAUGGCAAUUACUGACAGUGAAAAAAUAAUUUUACCUUUGCAGUGCAGUAUUUUUAAAUAUGGCAAUAUUUUAAUUAUCGGUUCACUGAUCUGUGUAAAUAGAUAGGUUAUUGCUUAAACAGGCAUAAAAACCACUUAUUAUAGUCUGUCCAUUUGUAGAGAUCAGUGUGCCGAUUAAAUGUUAUAAAUAAAAAAAAAGAUUGCGUUAAAACUGCUAAUGGUGAAUAAAAACUAUGCAUAUAGCAUAAACGUAAUAUUUAAUAUACAAGUGAUUAAUUUGGUGAUAAUUGAACUGGUAUAGGUAAUGUUAGUAUCAUCAUAAUCAUGUAUUUAUACUGAAAUUUAAACAAAUUUAAAAAUUUUGGAUGACAAUCACGUAAAUGUAAUAAAAAUAUAUUUUUUUUCAAGCAAAAACAUUCAAGAAGUAACUAUUUGCAUGAAAAUAUUUAUUUAUAUGAAUGAUUUUCAACUUAAAUUAUAAUUAAUAAUGACAUAUCAAAGAAAUUAAAUAAUAAAAUCUUGUUAAACACAAAAAAAUCAAUAAAGUAACGAAUUUUUAUACUAAAUCCUGCCGCACACAGAAAAGCGGAACCGAAGCGAAGAUAUUUUUAAAAUUAUUCUGGUAUUGAUUUGGUAACCUACUAAAUAACAAAAAAAUAGCUCCAGCAGAAGCGAAACUAACGCGAAGCUGUGGAUUUUUAAAGACAUUUUAAUAUUUCUCUUGCCAUUCGCUUCGGUUCCGUUUCGCUUUCGCGUUUUGUGUCCUAGAGGCCUAAGGCCUUAGAAAUAUAGAUAUAGUCUAGACGUGAACAUUUGAUUGUUUUAUAAAAUUGUAAUAUGUGUAAAUAAAAUAAAAUA